GUGCCCAUCUGAAACAUGACAGUUUCUCAAUGAAAAGGGGAAAAAGAGAACAUGUCGGUGGGCUAUUAAGAUUCCCUCCUUUUCAUGUUUGUGCUCAUUAUGUCCUCUGCUUGCAAUGCGUGGAAGAUGUCUGCUGCUUUCAGACUUAGAGGAAUGUUGCUCCAAAGGAUUGCUCUUGCAGCCCUUGUGCUCCUUAUGCUGGCACCCCAGGCAUCAACAACACUAACAAAUGAUGCCCCAUUUGUUCUGAUGAACAAAGCCACUGGGUUUUGCUUGGUAAAAAGAGGCAACCGUUGCAGCGAUAUUCGCUGGACGACUGAUAACCGCCUCCUUGUGGUUUCGACCAAAAAGUGCUUGGGAGCUCAGGGCAAAAGUGUGGGGAGUGAGGUGAGCCAGUACGACUGCGAUGAAAAGAGCGUCCUGCAGAAGUGGGAGUGCAGGAAUAACACGCUGCUCGCUCUCAAAGCCGACCAGCCGGAGUGGUACAUCGAAGUCAAAGCCGAUGAAUCGAUUGGUCUGUCCAAAACUGUCACUCCAAACAACCACUUCACUAUUACAGGGACAUCUAGUGGCGCCUGUUCCAGAACACCCAGAGAGCUGUACACCAUUGGAGGGAAUUCGUUUGGCAAAAUCUGCAUGUUUCCGUUCCUGUACAAAGACCGGUGGUAUGGAGACUGCACAACGAUUGACUCCAAAGAGAGGCGCAGCUGGUGUGCAACUGAAACCAAAUUUAACCACGAACUGUGGGGAUACUGCCCGACUUCUUCUACUGAACACUGGAGCAGAAACCCUGUUACAGGAGCGUAUUACCAGGUGAACAUGCAGUCAGUUCUGAGCUGGACACAGGCUGACGCCAGCUGCAAGCAGCAGGCUGCGUCGCUGGUUAGUAUCGUUGAUCCCGUCGAAAAGGCCUUCAUCACAGGGCUAAUGGGAACAGGAAAGAAAAAGCUUUGGAUUGGCUUGGUUUCUGACCCAGAACAUGGCUGGCAGUGGACUGAUGGAAAACCCGUCCGCUAUCUGAAGUGGGACGCUGGACACCCACUUCCGAAUCCAGGACACAACUGUGCGUUGCUUGACACUGCCGGCCAGUUCUUGUGGCAAAGUUCCUCUUGCACAAAGAAACAGGGCUACGUCUGCUACAAAGGCGGCGCCCCGGCAGCUCCCCCACAAAUUGAAGAAGGAUUUUGCUCAGACCCCUGGAUCCCUUACAAUGGACACUGUUUUCACCUUGACCGCAAUAAAAAGUCAUGGCCCGAUGCUCAGAGAGAGUGUCGUAAAGAGGGAGGUGACCUUGUGGGCAUACGCAACAUAGAGGACCAAAGCUUUGUCAUCAGUCAGCUCGGAUAUGUUUCCACUGAUGAGCUGUGGAUAGGACUGAAUGACAGGACCACCGAAAGGUUGUUUGACUGGAGUGACCACAUGACAGUCACCUUCACCAGCUGGGAAUAUGGGGAACCGACAGUGUCCUCUGAUGAAGAAGACUGCGUUCUCAUGAGAGGAGAGAACGGAAACUGGGCAGACCGUGCCUGUGAUGAAAAGCAUGGAUUUAUUUGCAUGAAGCAAAGCAGCAUUGAACGAACUGGACUCGAAGUACAGCUGGAUCCUGGCUGCAGACCUGGCUGGAGAAGACAUGGAUCUUUUUGUUACUUUGUGGGAACUGAGACAAAGACCUUUGAUGAAGCUAAAGAAGACUGCAAGAGCACAGAUUCCUACUUAGCUGAUGUCUCAAAUGGAGUGGAUAAUUCCUUCCUUGUGAGCCUGGUGGGCCUGAGACCAGAGAAAAACUUCUGGCUCGGUCUCUCUAAUGAGAAUAGCAUUGAUGUCUUCACCUGGACCAACACAGAGUUUGUGAGAUUUACUCACUGGAAUGCUGGGAUGCCAGGUAACCUACAAGGUUGUGUUGCCAUUGCCACUGGGUUUUCGGCUGGACUCUGGAAUAUACUGCCCUGCACCAAUAAAGAGAAAUACAUCUGCAAACAUGUGGCAGAGGGGGCUAUUCCAACAACACCAGCCCCAACUCAAAUUCCUCCCCAGUGUCCAGAAGAGUGGAGUCGAGUGGGAACAAGAAAUGUUUGCGCUAAGUUUUUCACAGGGCCGAGAUCAGAAGAGAAAACCUGGUUUGAAGCAAGAGAUUACUGCAGGGCUAUAGGAGGAGAUCUGUUAAGCAUCCACGGUGCUUCUGAACAUGUUUCUGGAAGUAGAUAUGGCAAAGCAUGGAUUGGACUUCAUAUUGCAGAUCCAAACAUUGGUUAUGAAUGGACUGAUGGAAGCCCGGUAGACUUCCAGCACUGGCAGGAUGGAGAGCCAAACAACCAUAACAAUGAUGAAGCAUGCGUUGAAUUUGUGACUUACAAGUGGGAUGAGUCUGGCUCCUGGAAUGACCUGAACUGCGACAGUUACAACGACUGGCUGUGUGAGAUACGAGCAGGAGUAACUCCAAAACCUCCUCCCAACAAUACAGUAACAGAAUUUACCACCACGCCAGAUGGUUGGCUUCAGUGGAAAGGGAAGCAAUAUUAUAUCAACCAAAUGUCUAAGUCUAUGGAAGACGCUCGUCAGUUUUGCAAGGAAAGACACGGUGACCUAGCAUCAAUCAACAGUAGAGAGGAAAACAUUUUCUUAUGGAAACAGAUAUCAAGAAAAUAUGGAACGUGGUAUAUAGGGUUAUCAGUGGAUCUUGAUGGAUCAUUUUGGUGGAUGGAUGGUACUCCGGUGUCAUUUCAAAGAUGGGACGAAGACCAGCCUAAUACUAAUACAUUUGAUGAAAACUGUGUUGGUAUGGGAUAUCAUAUGGGGUAUUGGCGCACUUCAAACUGUGGAAGGGAGUCUCAGUUCAUUUGCAAAAGAUCAAACUCUGCACCUGUUAACACCACUGCAGCCCCAACAAUGCCUCCCAAAGGCGGAUGUCAACCAACAUGGACAAAAUUUGGCACAAAGUGUUACAAGCUCAUAACUGAACGCAAGACCACUUGGGAAGAUGCAAGAACUCAGUGCAUCAGUAUGGAAGCCCAGUUAGUCUCCAUUCCCACGAGACAAGUGCAAGUUUUUUUGACCACCAGAAUGAACCCUGCUAUUCAUAUGGAUCUAUGGAUAGGUUUAAACAGUUUAAGACAAGAUGGAUUUUACUGGACUGAUGGAAAAACAAGGCAAUACACCAACUGGGGUUAUUCUAAAAGUACUCGACGUCCUGGAUCAUUUUAUCAAAGAUGGAACGAGGAAGAGUGUGUGCUGAUGUCUAGCUCAGCGGCUUCUGGGUUCGGUAAAUGGUUGAUAAAGUCCUGCAAUGACACAAAUGGAUUUAUCUGUCACAAAGAUAUCAAGCCAGGUUAUCCGGAUACCCCCAAUCCAAUCGAUCCUACCAUCUAUAAUAAUCUGGGAAAUGACAGUAUCAAGGUUGUGGCUCAAAAUCUGACCUGGGACGAUGCCAGGACCCGCUGUGAAAACGACAAGGCCAGCCUGGCCAGCCUACGAAACGAGUGGACAAACUCCUACGUUGAGUUACUGGCUUUGACUCUCAAAGCAUCUCUGUGGAUUGGACUAAACAAAAACAAGACUGAAGGUUAUUUCAGGUAUAUUGAUGGCUGGCAAUUGACUUCUGCCAACUGGGCUGAAAACGAACCAAGCUGGGACAAACCGUGUGUGUAUGUAGACGGUGGGGAUGGAAAAUGGCGGACAGCUCUCUGCAACCAGACUAUGUACAGUGCCUGUAUGCAGUCGACAGACGUUCCCCCUACAGAUUCCACCCUAUUUCCUGGCCGCUGCCCUGAAGAUACCAGUGUGGAGUACCAGGAAAGUUACAGCUGGUUGCCAUUCAAAGGCAACUGUUACUUGUUUGUCACAGAUGAAAUUGAGUGGGCAGAUGCGGCUAGCAGCUGUGUAAGACAUGGUGGAGUCCUGGCAAGUGUUCAAGAUACUUCUGAGCAACAGUUUCUCCAAAGCAGCAUAGAACUAUUUAAAGACAGCCAGACCUCUUUCUGGAUUGGCCUGUUUAAGACACACAGAGGGUCAUGGGCAUGGCUAGAUAAAAACGUUCUUGACUAUACUAACUGGGCUGAAGAUGAGCCUGAAUCUGAAUUUGGAGCUAUCAGGACUGCAGAUGGGACAUGGAGUUCAGGUCGCAGAUGGCAUGACAGAUCGUAUAUCUGUAAAACUCCAAAAGUUAUGAUCACAGAUUCAGGUUCAAAUCCACAGCCUCAAAGACGUGAUGAUCGCAGUCGUGUCCACACAAGUUUGGUGGUUGUGCUGCUUAUCGCCAUCAUCUCCACCCUGGUAGCUGUCGCUAUCUUCCUCUACAAGAGGUCUCCUCGUCCCUUCCCAACCUUUGAAAAUCCCUUGUACUUCAAUGAAAAAUCUCGGCCUGAUGUGGUUGACACUAAUAAGCUCAUAGAGAACGCCGAAAUCUCAGAAAUCCCCUCAGAAAACCCAGAGCCAAUUUUAACUCUGUGAUUUAGGAAUUUGCAGAAAUUUAAAUUGUGCUAACUAGUUUGUGAUAAAUUUUACUGCAUACAAACAACUAUGCUUAAGUGUUUUUUUUUUUUUUUUACUGCAUAAUAAGCAUUCGGUAAGUAAUUUAACAACAACCCUAUUUGUUCUUUCUCUAGCCAUGGCUGAAUGUAUAUAAUAGCUACAUGUGACGCUUAUUUUCUAUAUGCUGUUUAUUGCUUUUACUGUUUCAAUGUAAAAUGAAGGUCAUUGGCUGUAACUCUUAAAAAAGGAAAAUAAACAUUUUACAAUACUA